AUGUGGAACAAGUCCAAGGUCAACCCAUUGGGAGAAACUACCUUGAAGAUCAUGAACCCAAAGAAUGAAGAAGAAACCGUGGUCGAUUUUAUUGUUGUCCCAAACAAUUAUAGCUGUCUUCUGGGUCUGUCAACUAUACAACAAAUGGGACUACUUACAAUCAAUGAUGGCAACUUCAUAGCCCAUAUAAGCACUGACGCUAAUCAGUUAGGAUCGUUGGGAGAAACACAACUACAUGUUGAUCCAAAUGUCCCACCAAGAGCACUUCCAUGUAGGAAACUGCCACUAGCAUUGCAAGAGAAUGUUAAGGAGGAACUUAACCACAUAGUUGAAGCUGGCGUACUGGUGCCUGUGGAAGAACCAACUGCUUGGGUAAGCCAAAUGGCAGUUGUAAAGAAACCAAACGGAUCUUUGAGAAUCUGUAUUGACCCACAAUCAUUAAAUGCAGCCCUGCAAAGAGAGCACUACAAGCUACCAACACUAGAUGAUGUUCUACCUAGUCUCAGCCAAGCACGAGUAUUUAGCAAACUCAAUGUGAAACAAGCCUACUGGCAUGUCCAACUGGACAAUGAAUCUAGCUUACUCACCACCAUGAUUACACCAUUUGGACGAUACAGAUGGGCCCGGCUCCCAUUUGGGCUCAAGGUCAGCAGUGAGAUAUUUCAAAGAAAGCUCAAUGAGGCACUUGUUGGUCUCAAUGGUGUGAUAUGCAUUGCAGAUGAUCUGGUUGUGUAUGGGAGUGGCAACACAAGAGAAGAAGCUGAUGCUGAUCAUGAGCAGAACCUCCUGGCACUGCAAGAAAGAUGCGCAUAA